CCCUUCUUCCUUUUCGCCCGGUCUCUUUUUUUAUAAGUACGCAUGCGCCAGCCGCCUAGGCCCUGCUGAUGGGGGUGAGGUGGAGUUGUUGUGAAGCCGCGGGGAGCACGUGAAGAGAGCAACGUCAUCAUAAACAUUAGUAGCCAAUAUGGCGGGUCCUGCCAGCGGAAAGGUUGUGUAUGAGCAAGAAGGGGUUUUCAUUCACUCAUCAAGUGGAAACGAUGAUCAGGACAGCUUACUCUCUGGAACACUGCGGGUGAUAGAAAAGGAAACUGAAGUGAUACUAGAUUGGAGACCUGUGGAUGAAUCAUUAGAUUCUUCUAAUAUACUGUAUGCUAGAAAGGAUUCCAGUUCAGUUGUAGAGUGGGCACAUACUCCUAAAGAGAAGACUCCACGGGGGCCGGAACAUAUGAACAGUUAUGAGGCAGAAUGGGAUAUGGUCAGCACAGUAUCUUUUAAGAAGAAACCACAUUCAAAUGGAGAUGCUACUGUUCAUACGAAUGGAGAAAGCAAGUGGUCCUUUCUGUUCAGCUUAACUGAUUUAAAAUCCAUUAAGCAAAACAGAGAGGGAAUGGGAUGGUCCUAUUUGGUGUUCUGUUUAAAGGAUGAUGUUGUUCUUCCAGCUCUUCACUUUCACCAUGGAGACAGCAGCCUGUUGAUACAAUCUCUUAAAAAAUAUGUGGUGCUCUGUGAAUCUUCACAUGAUAGAAGAAUUCUUGUGAAUUGUCAGAGUAUUUCACAGUCCUUUGAAAAUCUCCUUGAUGAACCAACUUAUGGUCUAAUACAGAAACUGAAGAAAGAUCCUUACACAGCAACAAUGGGUGGAUUUUCCAAAGUGACCAACUUCAUUUUUGAUAGUUUGCGUGGGAGUGAUUCAUCAGCUCAGCAGCGGCCACCAUCAGAAAUGGCAGACUUCAUUAGUGAUGCCAUUCCAGGACUAAAAAUAAAUCAACAGGAAGAACCAGGAUUUGAAGUCAUUACACGAAUUGAUUUGGGGAAACGGCCUGAAGUUCACAGAAGGCAGCCAGUAUCCAUUGAAGAAUGGACGAAGAACAUGGAUUCUGAAGGAAGAAUCUUAAAUGCUGACUCUAUGAAGCAAAUGAUAUUCAAAGGGGGACUUUGUCAUGCUUUACGAAAAGAAGUGUGGAAAUUUCUUUUGGGCUAUUUCUCUUGGACUAGUACUAGGGAAGAGAGAGCCAGUGUACAGAAAAGAAAAAUAGAUGAAUAUUUCAGGAUGAAGCUUCAGUGGAAAUCUGUCAGUGAAGAACAAGAAAAAAGAAACUACAGAUUGAGAGAUUACAGAAGUCUUAUAGAAAAAGAUGUAAACAGGACAGACAGAACAAACAAGUUUUAUGAAGGCCAAGAUAAUCCUGGAUUGAUCUUGCUUCAUGACAUUUUGAUGACCUAUUGUAUGUAUGAUUUUGACUUAGGAUAUGUUCAAGGAAUGAGUGAUUUGCUUUCCCCUAUUUUAUAUGUGAUGGAGAAUGAAGUGGAUGCUUUUUGGUGUUUUGCACUGUAUAUGGAUCAAAUGCAUCAGAAUUUUGAGGAGCAAAUGCAGGGUAUGAAGACACAGCUAAUUCAGCUCAGUACUUUGCUUCGCUUGCUAGAUAGUGAAUUUUGCAGUUACUUAGAAUCUCAAGAUUCGGGAUACCUUUAUUUUUGCUUCCGGUGGCUUCUAAUAAGAUUUAAAAGGGAAUUUAGUUUUCAAGAUAUUCUUCGUUUAUGGGAGGUAAUGUGGACUGAGUUGCCGUGCCAGAACUUCCACCUUCUUAUCUGUUGUGCUAUCCUGGAAUCUGAAAAGCAGCAAAUAAUGAAGAAACAUUAUGGCUUUAAUGAAAUAUUGAAGCAUAUCAAUGAACUAUCUAUGAAAAUUAAUGUGGAGGAAGUACUUUGCAAAGCAGAUGCCAUUUCUGUUCAAAUGAUGAAUUGCAAGGAAUUGCCUCAAGCAGUCUGCGAGGUUUUGGGAUUAGAAAAUAGUGCUGUGACAACACCAGACUCUGACAACGGGGAAGAUGAGACUGCUGGGGGGAUCCAUCAAGCUACAUCAGCACAUCCAGGGCUCUCCAUGCCUCUGGCCACAAGCAACGGAACAAAGGAGAGCCCUGAGCAGGAGGCCCACACCGAGGCCACAGAUUGACACUUGUAUGGUUGUUUGGUUUCAUUUUGAAGAGACACUUUAUUACAGCUGUUCUGUUUCUUUCAGGCACUUGAGAGUGGAUAUUUUAAAAAUUGUGUUGAUUAAGCUUUAAAGAUUUGGGAAAGAGAUUGUGUACUGUAAUGCAUCAAAGUUUGACCUAAUUAUUUUUGUAGUUUCUUCUACCAAAAUAGCCUUUUUGUUUUCAAUAACAUUCCUUAAUAUUUUUGUAGCCAAGUGCAUUUUUUCUCUUUGAUGUUAUGGAAAUCAGCUGAAUAGGAACGGCUUGGGAAUAGAUACAUCUGUAUUGCUUUCACUUUUAAAACUUUUCAGCAUUGAUGGUUCUUGGAUUUAAUAAGAUUCAAAAACUCUUAUGUACUGUUUCCUAAGUGAAAAGAUGCUAAUUUCAUAAUUAAUAGUGCUUUGUAAAUGAAAGGAUUGCAUUCCUUCUCAGAUGUUUACAAAAACACUUUCUAAGUUUUUGUGGUGGCUCAAUGUAGAUUUGCAAUGAAGAUUUUCAUUUGUGCUGCUCCUGGAUUCUGAUUUUUUUUGUAAUCCAAGGUGGCUGAACAGUACUUUUUACGUAUUAACAUCUCUUCACUUAUACAUAUGUAUGUAUGAAUUAGAUACAUAUUCAAAGUUGCAAGUAUUAAAGGAUAAAUCUAUUUUCACUAUUUUGACUAAGUGAAGCUUGGCUGUUCAUUCAAACAGUUCUCUGACCAAAUUUUAAUACAUAGCUUCAACUCUGGCUAUUUUUGAAAACCUUUUUUUAAAACAAGGAUAAAUAUAUAUGUGAAAAUAUUCCGUUGUACACCUGAUGUAAUUUUGCAGCAGCUUUCUUCAUUACCUAACUAAUGUUUAUAUUUGCUUAAUAGUAUAUUAGUACCUUGUAGAAACCUACUUAAAUUGCCUUUAUGCUAGACUUGGCAAUAUUUAUAAGCAGGUCAAAAUUAAAUGUAAACUACUAAUCACUUUGAGUGUGUGCUUCUACUUUGGUUCCCCUGCACAACUUCAGUGUGUGUGUGGUGGGGAGUCUCAGUUUGCAUACAAGAAAUGGCUGGUGAAUUAUGCCCUUUGCCCUUAACAAUAAAUUACUUGCAUAGGAGAACUACAAGCUCAUACUGUGCCAUUCUGUGAUAUUUUAUAGUUAUGUGGAAUCUGACUGAACUGAUCCAGUGUACUUGUUUCUAUUCGAGAACCAUUGUACAUAUUAUGAAAUAAAAUGCAAAGUUUACAUAA